AUGCUCGAGAUCGAGACACGAACACGAUUUUUUGUGACAGGCGGCGCAGUUUUUUUAUUUGCGCUUUAUCACAAAACGGCUUCUCUCUCGCCGUUUCCAAAGUUGUUUCGGUUCCGCUUGAUCAUCAAACAACGAACAAACUUACAGGACCAUGAUACCCACUCCAUUGGUAAGCCCCAACCCUGUCAAGGACCAUUAUCAUUCUUGUUCCCUAUUGCCCUACACAGAAGUCGUAAUUUAUCGAUUCACUUAUUACAAGUAAACCGAAACGCGGAUCUAAGUUCUAUCUGUCUGAGUCUGACGUGUCCAUCAUCUUUUUUUCUCUUUUUGCGCGGAGUUUUUUUUUGCCCCACCCGUGUUUCGUUUCUUUUCGGUUCAUUGGCUCUCGUGUUGUUUUGA